GACUGACUCACCAAAAAGAGUGCCGAUCUUAUAUAUAAAGUACACUCAAUUUUCUUUCUCCACUGACAUGGGUAUCUCAGUAUGGCUGAUAAUCCCUCAGUCGCUUCUCCCAACAGCAAAAGGAUGAAUGGAAAGGUGGCCAUAAUCACCGGUGGCGCCAGCGGAAUUGGGGAAGCCACCGUGAGGCUGUUUGUUGAAAACGGAGCUAAGGUUGUGAUCGCCGACAUCCAAGAUGAUCUAGGCCAAGGAAUCGCCGAUCAGCUCGGCGAAAACGUAAGCUACAUCCACUGUGAUGUGUCCCAAGAGGAUGACGUAAUCAACCUGGUCGACACCACCGUAGCCAAACACGGCCAUCUCGACGUAAUGUACAACAACGCGGGCAUCAUCGACGGCGUUUCCGGGGGUAUUGUGGAAUCUUCCAAGUCCGACUUAGAGAAGCUUCUUGGAGUUAAUGUGGUGGGUGGUUUCCUGGGGGCCAAACACGCCGCGAGAGUGAUGAUACCGGAGCGGAAGGGAUGCAUCUUGUUCACCGCCAGCGCGUGUGUGAGCAUCGCUGGAAUGGCGACUCACGCGUAUGCCGUGACGAAACACGGGAUAUGGGGUUUAGUGAAGAAUCUGUCUGCUGAGCUUGGGGCGUAUGGAAUUCGGGUGAACUGCGUCUCACCGUAUGGGAUACCCACUGGUAUCACCAAAGGACCUCCUCUUUCGGAAGAAGCACGUAAGCAAGCGGAGAUGCAGUUGAGUGAGGUGGGCAAUCUCAAAGGCCAUAUUCUGACAGUGGAUGAUAUUGCUCGUGCGGCAUUGUAUUUGGCUAGUGAUGAAUCCAACUAUGUUAGUGGACUGAACCUGGUGGUUGAUGGAGGUUUCAGCGUCGUUAAUCCGUCCAUGAUUGGAGGUUUUGCCCACAUGAAUAGACCAUGAUUAAUUAUGGAUAAGUACCCUAUGUGAAGAAUUCCAAAAUGAGUACUAUUUUACUGUCCGAAAUAAUCGUUUAACUUGCUUUACUUUUAUAACAAACAGAAUCUUAAAAAAGAUGGAGACCUUGUUAUGCAACUGUAAACUGAUCUUACUUUAUAUCUCAUACUCCCUC